AUGAUGCGCCCCCAUCUUUCAAUAUGCAACCGCUGUCUGGGAUACAGCCGGUUAUUCUCAACAACAGCUUCCCGAGCUGAAAUUACGAAAAAUGCAGCUCUCCCCCCAGAUGCCGGAUACGCUCAGCUUACGAACCGAGGCCUCAUCUCCAUCACCGGUAUCGACAGCGCAACCUUCUUACAAGGCCUGAUGACGCAGAACAUGCUAGUGGCCAAUGACCCAAACAAGCCAGUCCGACGCACAGGAACAUACACAGCUUUCCUUAACUCCCAAGGCCGUAUCUUGAACGAUGCGUUCAUCUACCCUGUCCCAAUCCCAAACGGCAACGAUCUUGAAUGGCUAGUUGAGGUGGACAAAAGCGAGGUGCCGACUUUGCUCAAGCAUCUGAAAAAACAUAAGUUGCGCGCAAAACUGAAGCUCCGCGCCCUCGAUGAUGGAGAGCGCACGGUCUGGUCGUCCUGGAAGAACCACGAGCAGCCGCGGUGGGCCGCAUACAACCUGGAAUCGGAGUCGGCCGCGACAUCACCUUUCACCCACUCGUCCGAUAUUGUGGGGUGCAUUGAUACCCGCGCUCCGGGUCUCGGCUCUCGUAUUAUAACACCCGGCUCGGAGGACCUGCGCACCCAUUUUCCGGAUGAAUCACAGCUGGCGGGAUCACAGGUCGGAUUAGAUGCAUAUACCGUGCGGAGGAUUCUGAAUGGUGUUCCGGAAGGCCAGUCGGAGAUCAUUCGGGAGUCGGCAUUGCCGAUGGAGUGCAACAUGGACAUGGCGCGGGCUAUUGAUUUCCGAAAGGGAUGCUACGUUGGCCAGGAGCUGACGAUUCGCACGCACCAUACCGGUGUGGUACGGAAGCGCAUCCUUCCUGUGCAGUUUUAUACCAAAGAUAUGAGCACUGCAGAUGGCCCAGUAUAUGAACCUUCUGCUGACAUUCCGUUGCCGCCUGCUGGAACAAAUAUCAUGAAGGCUGGUGGUCGCCGAGGCCGGAGUGCUGGCAAGUUCCUGAAUGGUGUGGGGAAUAUUGGUCUUGCUUUGUGUCGUUUAGAGAUGAUGACGGAUAUUGCCCUUACUGGUGAGGGAACGCAAUAUACCCCCGGGAGCGAAUUCAAGCUCUCGUGGACUAGCGAGUUAGACCAACCCGCGGAAGUGAAGCUGCAAGCUUUUGUUCCGUCCUGGGUAAGAGAACACAUUCAGACUGGGGGAGUGCGGCAGCCGACUCCACGGCCUGUCGACACUGAUGGUGAAAGGGCACGAGAUUUCGUGGAGCAGCUUGAGGAAGAGGAGGAGCAAGCACACCGACGAGCGGAGUAG